AUGAAUCACAUGAGCAACGAUUUAGAGAGGGAGAGAGAGGGAAUUGUACAAGAGGGAAUUGUUUUGGGACAUCAAAAUUCAGCAAGAGGUAUAGAAGUUGACAAAGCGAAAAUUGACACCAUUGCUAAGUUGCCGUCAAGGGCAUUCGAAGAUGCCAAAUAUAAUUUCACUCCGGAGUGUUUGGAGGCUUUUAGUACUUUGAAGGAGAAGCUUACCUCAGCACCCAUCAUAGUUGAACCAGAUUGGGAAUUGCCAUUUGAAAUUAUGUGUGAUGCUAGUGAUUAUGCAGUUGGAGCGGUUUUGGGUCAAAGAAAAAAUAAAUUACUCCACGUAAUUUCUUAUGCCAGUCGAACAUUGAACGAUGCCCAGUUAAAUUACUCCGCCACAGAAAAAGAAUUGCUUGCCGUAGUGUUUGCAUUGGAUAAAUUCCGCUCUUAUUUGAUUGGGUCUAAAGUGAUUGUUUAUUCCGAUCAUGCUGCUCUGAAAUAUUUGAUGUCUAAGAAAGAGACCAAACCCAGAUUGAUCUAUUGGAUACUCUUGCUACAAGAGUUCGAUCUUGAAAUUCGUGACAAGAAAGGAACAAAAACGUCGUCGUUGACCACCUAUCGCGGCUGGUCCGAGAGGAAGAAGGAACUAUUGCCGCUAUCCCCAUUCUAG